AUGGGGUCCACCUACAUCACUAAAACCGCAAAAGGGAGGUCUUGCAGUGGGACUGGGAUGGUCCUGGGGACAACCUCAACAACCAGCACCAUGUGUGGCUACUACGGAAACUACUAUGGAGGCCGUGGCUAUGGAUGCUGUGGCUACGGCGGCCUGGGCUAUGGCUAUGGAGGCCGUGGCUAUGGAUGCUGUGGCUAUGGCAGCCUGGGCUAUGGCUAUGGAGGCCGUGGCUAUGGAUGCUGUGGCUAUGGCGGCCUGGGCUAUGGCUAUGGAGGUCUGGGCUGUGGCUAUGGCUAUGGCUCUGGCUCUCUCUAUGGCUGUGGCUAUGGAUGUGGCUCUGGCUAUGGUUCUGGCUUUGGCUACUACUACUGA